CUAUUCGCUUCAUUAAUACAAAAUGUUAUCAAAUAUGUUGAAAUUGAAAACGGAAAUUAUACCGAGUAGUAGCUUUGAAGAUUCCUAUUCAAGCAUAUUUGAGGAUAAUUUGCUACACAUGAUCGACACUGAAAAUCAUAUGAUGCACGGCGAGACUUUAAGUAACGUAAAUCCUUCCAUGCAUAGUCCAGAUAGUCAAGCACUAAGUCCAAUUUUGAGUUUAAGUGGUAAUAGCAAUAGUAACCAAACAAGUGCAAACAUAAGUAAUGGAGCUGGUGGCAGUGGUAAUAACAACAAUAUCAGCAGUUCCGGAACCGGAAACAGCUGCAAUAGUCACACUUUCAUGCAAAACAGCAACAACGCCAACAACAAUUCGCCUCCUUCAACGGUUUGUGCAAUAUGUGGUGAUCGCGCCACGGGUAAACAUUAUGGCGCUUCCAGCUGUGACGGUUGUAAGGGGUUCUUUCGUCGCAGUGUGAGAAAAAACCACCAGUACACUUGUCGUUUUGCUCGUAAUUGUGUCGUCGACAAAGACAAACGUAAUCAGUGUCGUUAUUGUCGUUUGCGCAAAUGUUUUAAGGCAGGUAUGAAAAAGGAAGCAGUCCAAAAUGAACGUGAUCGCAUUAGUUGUCGUCGCACAUCGAACGAUGAUCCUAAUCCCGGUAAUGGGCUAUCGGUGAUAUCGCUAGUGAAGGCCGAAAAAGAAAGUCGCCAGUCAAAAGCAGGAGCUGCUAUGGAAACUAACGCCGACGAAGACCUUUCAACUAAACAGUUUGCUAGCAUCAAUGAUGUUUGUGAGUCAAUGAAGCAACAAUUGCUUACUCUAGUCGAAUGGGCUAAGCAUAUACCGGCUUUCAAUGAGCUGCAGCUUGAUGAUCAGGUGGCAUUACUUCGCGCGCAUGCAGGUGAGCAUUUGUUGCUUGGCCUUUCCCGUCGUUCCAUGCAUCUCAAAGAUGUUCUAUUACUUGGAAACAAUUGUGUUAUUACAAAAUAUACUCCUGAUGCACGGGUCUCACCUAAUUUGGACAUAUCACGCAUUGGCGCUAGAAUUAUUGAUGAACUUGUCUUUGCUCUAAAAGAUGUAAAUAUUGAUGACACCGAAUUAGCUUGCAUUAAGGCGCUUGUUUUUUUUGAUCCGAAUGCCAAGGGACUUAAUGAACCACAACGUAUAAAGACUUUACGCCACCAGAUACUUAACAAUCUGGAAGAUUAUGUUUCCGAUCGUCAAUAUGAAUCACGAGGCCGUUUUGGUGAAAUACUUUUAAUUCUACCUGUGUUGCAAUCGAUCACAUGGCAAAUGAUUGAGCAAAUUCAGUUCGCGAAGAUAUUUGGUGUCGCACAUAUUGAUUCAUUAUUACAGGAAAUGUUGCUCGGAGGCGAAUUAGCGGAUAACACAUCACCGUUGUCUCCACAUUUAAAUAGUUACAGUCCUUCGCAUGGUAUGGAUACCAGCCAAGUUACAUCAUCUCUAGAUAUAUUAUCACCAGCUACAACAUCCGAUCACUUAUCACAAGAUCCAAUGACACCUUGUAUUGACAGCAGUCUUGAUGGACAGAUUAUGUCACCACUUCUAGAAAAUUUGGCACCAAACAAUGGCAGUUUUCACUUAAGAGCAAAUACAGGUGUGCACCGAGCUCAAGGUCAAAUGCACAAUGGAAAUUCACCACACCAAAGGGACACUGAUCAUUCUGAAGCAAACAGUGCUGGUCACAAUAAUGCUGUUUACAUGGAUGCAGCAAGUCUGUACAAUAGCGAUAGUACGCACGGACGUACUAAUGCCGCCGCUAAUGGUAUCAAUGGCUCACAUAACCAUCACGUCCAUUUGUCAACGAAUUUGCACACAACAAUCAAUCAUAGCCAAACACAUUCAAAUGCCAGUAGUACACUUCAGCAAUCACCACCAUUACACCGUACCCAUCCUUACCAAAGACCUGAUCUAUUGGCAACAACAAAUUCUAAUUCAUUGCAUAUGCGUAAUCCUGCCGACAUGACUCUCAAUGAGUACAAUCGUAGUGAAACUAGCGGUGGUCCGGAAGAUUUAUUACGUCGUGCCCCCCUCAACAUACGCACAUCAGAAACACUUACUGGAAGCACGAAUUACUUGCUCACUGGCUUACACGAUACAGACGCUUAUCGUAUGACAUUAAAACAGGAACCGGAAACCGGUUAUUGACUAGAUUCUGCAAAGUACUGUAGAACGCGUAAUAAUAAUUAUUGAUUGACUGAAGAGGUUUUAAUUAUGAACAUAAAAUUUAAAUAUAUUAGAUAUUUUGGUUAUUAUAGGAGGGAGGUGGGGUUGUCGAAAUUAACAUUUUCAAUACCAACAACUAAAAUGUUUAGCAUAAUAAUGUAUAAUAAAUAGAAUGAGAGUACUCGUAUUCUAAACACAAAAAAAAAGAUAAUAUUAUAUUAUUAAAAGCGCGCAAGAGUUCUGUCGCCCAGAACAUUACGUCUUCCAUAAAGAACCCGCACUCUUUAGCGCAUUAUGGUUUUUAUGUAUUGUUAUUAUAUUCAUAAAAUGAAUGAAUUUAAGGUAGAAAGCCCAAAUCUUAUACAUUAUAUAUA